UGGGUAUAUUACCUUCUUUUUUUUUUAUUAAAAGUAUGGAUUGAAUUUAUCAGUGUUAUGGAAGAAUUAGAAUCAAGUGAAUUAGGAACAUUGGAAUAUUGGGAAAAUCGUUAUAAAAACGAGAUAAAAAAUUUUCAAGAUCACGGCGAUACAGGAGAGAUAUGGUUCGGGGAAGAUAUUGCCGAUAGAAUCGUGCGUUGGUUUAUAAAAAAUGUGGAACCUGAGGCUAGCAUUGUAGAUAUAGGAUGUGGAAAUGGCCUUAUCCUAAUUGAACUUGCCAAUGCCGGUUACAAAAACCUAACUGGCUUGGAUUAUUCAGAAGAAGCAAUUAAUUUGGCAAAUAAUAUUGCCAAAAAGCGUAACUUGAGUGUGAAAUAUCAUGUUUCUGAUGUUUUGAAUGGUAUCAGGGAUAAUUAUAAAAUUAUUCAUGAUAAAGGAACUUAUGAUGCUAUAAGUUUAAGUGAGGGUGCUUCAAGAACCAAGCAAACCUAUUUGCAGAAUGUGCACAAAUGUUUAAAUGACUCCGGAAAAUUCAUAAUAACUUCGUGUAACUGGACUGAAAAUGAACUAAUUGAACAAUUUUCAAAUUAUUUUGUAUUAGAAAGCACUGUUCAGACACCACAGUUCAAAUUUGGUGGUAAAAUUGGUAAUGUUGUGUCUAUUUGCAUUUUCAAAAAAAUACCCACUUGAAUUGUGUGCGUUCAUCAAAAAACACUCUGUUAACAAAUUAAAAACAUUUAUUUUUACACCCACUUGACUAGAAAUACAAAAUGAUGUAAAAUAAAAAAUAAAAGGUAAAAAUACAA